AUGACAGAAACCUUUUCUGAAAUAUACGCUCAAUUUCUUUCAAAACAAGAAUCUAAUCAACAAGAUUGCUUCACUGCAGCGUGUAUUCUCUUCCUCAGCUUUGACCGUACUCGAGCGCCGUCGACUAGAUUAGCCAUUUUAUACGUAUUGUACAGCUGCUAUGCAACUGCACCUUUAGAAAACAACCCCUUUUUAACAUUCUUUCUACAACUGUUGGAAGAAUUGCCUGACAAGUCUGCUGAACAGCAUUUUGUGUACUGCAUUCUAGAGGAAACAUUGUCCCGCAUUGGCGACGACUUACCGCAAGAUGUCUGGAAUGCGCCUGACAGUAAAUUACCAGCGAUUCAAAUGAAUCAAAGUUUGGUGGACUCUUUGCGGUUAAAAGUAGCACGAUUAAUUGAUGAUCCCGAUAUAGUCAUCUUGAAUGAGCAGACCAAACAGCUGUUGUCUGAUGCAUGCUGUCGGAUACUUUCGUUGGCAGAGAAUGAGACACUGCGAAACGAACGACUGUCAGAUUACCCGUUAACAGACUACAUCCCACCACACCUACUACCGAGCCUGAUCGAUUUGAACCAGUUUCUUGCAUUAAGUAUCGUGCCACUGUUACUGAGAAAGGAUCUUGCCAGUGCAUACUUGCAAGCGAUACUGGAAGCACCCAUCACACUCAAUUCCAUAGAGGUGGUCCAUCAUGCGCUCAUCAACAACAUUCACGUAUCGCAAGAAUUUUUGCACUACUUUAUUUCCAAGAGUAUUCGAUCUUGUGAUGAAAAGCCGAAACGAGACCGAAAAGUGAAAUUGGUGGCUCGAUUUGUUCAAUCGCUGGUGGAAAGGAAUAUUAUCGCGAUGAAAGACUACUUUAUUGAGAUACAGGCGUUCUGUGUUGGUUAUAUGAAGCUGAAGGACAUCACAGUUCUGUAUCGAUUGGCAUCAAACGAAGCUCAAAAGCAAAUCGUAUUGAACCAGCAAGUGGGAGCAGUGCCGCGCUAA